UCCCAACAUCUGCUCGGAGAUUGCCGCCCACGAAAGUUCCUUUCUCGUUAGGGGGUCCAUCAUCAUCAUCAAUAUGGCGGAAGGGGGAAGCAAAGUCUCCACAUUCCCAGAGUGUGCUAUCAUCCAUGAAAUCUACGAUGGAGAAAACGCUGAGGAACAAUUUGAGUACGAACUCGAGCGUGCGUUGGAGUCUGGCGUGCCGUAUAUCGUGGUCGAGCCGUCCAGACUUGGGGACGAGACAGCGCGGUGGAUUAUGAUCGGGAACUGUCUGCACAAGACCGCCGUCCUCGCGGGACUUUCGUGUGCCCUCUCCACAGCCAUUCCCUCGGACUACAUGUUUGGACACUUGGGGUUACCCAGCGUUCCCCGGUUGCUGGGCACGACGUACGACGUCUUCAGUCUGUGCUCCGGCGUGGUGAGUUUCGCCUGCGCCGCUCUGUACGAGGUCUCGUGGCAGUCCGACCCCUGCUGUAAGUACCAAGUGGAGUACGACGCGAGGAAUCUCGCCGGGCUCCCGCUACACUCGCUCACGUCUGCGUCACCGGUAGUGCUCGUGCGUAAGGAUAACACGGCGAGGCGGAGAUUACACAGCGUCUGUACCACGGUGGCCGCGCUAUGUUGCGGGCUACGCAUCUAUCGCUGGUACUUCCAAUGAUGUCAUCGGUCUUUCAUAUUUCACCCCGCAGGGCGUAUGGGAAAGAUUUAGAAAACCAGAGGUCUACAUGCUUCUGUGACUUUGAACAUGAGGUGUGUGUACCAACAAGAACUAUUAAAAAAAUACUAGGCCUUCCAUUGGGAAGAGUUCCAUCUCCAUAGCAAACAAUACAGACAUUUGUGAAAGUUUGGCUGAUGAGAGUAAUACGGAGGGUUUUUUUUCUGUGCAUGUUGAAGAGUAGAAUACGGUUGGUGAAUGCUGUGUGUAGUAGUCAUCAACCAGAUACAAGGAUGGUCCAGGUUUCAUCACAAUUCCAUAUUGACAUACUCUGUAAAAUAAAUAGCUAUUUGAUUGUCCUUUCAGAAAAUAAAAAUGUUGAAUCUCUUGUAA